UGGAACUAUCAUAUUAUAAAGCUGGGGCUUUCUUUCUCAGCUACGCAGAAUACAAUUUACAGCAAGUGAAAAAGGCCAUAUAUCUGUGAACGAAAAAAUUUAAAAUGGAUAAAAUAAAACUUGUCAUUGUCAUUGUUACAAUUAUUGUUAAUGGAACAAAUUGUGACACGGACUGUGAUUGUAAAUCUAUCAUGGAGCUACAAGAAUAUAUGCAGAAAGAGAUUUUUCAAAAUAAGUUCGAGAUUUCAAAAAUGAACUCCCGGCUUAGGAGAUUAGAAGCUUCAAAGAGGCAUUUGUCAGAACCAAACAACAAGGCAUCAAGUCAAGAACCUGGCGGGCAAUCGACACCUGGUGAUCAAGAUAGAGACAAUAAAGAUUUAGUUAGAAUUGAUUCCUUAGAAGCUAAAGUAACAAGUAUUGCAUCCCUCUUGAAAAUAAAAGAUGUGAUCAGUACAGACGUUACUCAAGCAACUGAAAAAUCUGGACUUUUAGACCAAAUUGAAACAAACCUGACGACUCUUUCUCUUCAAGUUCAAGAUUUAAAGAAAAGUGAUACCGACAAACAUUUGUUAGGGACGAUUGUGAAGAAAACAUUAUCCUCUGAAAAACGGAUCCGGAAAAAGUUUGUGACGGUAUUGAAAGGUGCAGUUGAAAACAUCAACAAUUCUGUUAGUGAAAUGAGGACUGAAACAGAAAGCCGAAUGGAAAAAUAUAAUAAAACGUUCGUUAAAAGAUGUGACAAGUCUAUUGAGACGAUGAAAGAAGUGACAGUGAACAUCAACAAAACAAUGUAUGAAGAAAUUAACAUCAUAACCGAGUCUUUACAUGAUCUAACGGAAGAAUUGUCUGACGCAAAUAAAAAAGAUGGUGAAUGGUCAAGUUGGGAAAGUUGGGGUUCAUGUAGUGUCAGUUGUGAUGGUGGUAUUCAAAGUCGGCUAAGAACAUGUUCUAACCCAAGACCAUCUUUAUUAGGAAAAUAUUGUGAUGGAAGUCCGGACGAGACAAGAACUUGCAACAAAAAUCAGUGUGCAGAUGGUGAAUGGUCAAGUUGGGAAAACUGGGGUUCAUGUAGUGUCAGUUGUGAUGGUGGUAUUCAAAGUCGGCUAAGAACAUGUUCUAACCCAAGACCAUCUUUACUAGGAAGAUAUUGUGAUGGAAAUCCGGACGAGACAAGAACUUGCAACAAAAAUCAGUGUGCAGAUGGUGAAUGGUCAAGUUGGGAAAACUGGGGUUCAUGUAGUGUCAGUUGUGAUGGUGGUAUUCAAAGUCGGCUAAGAACAUGUUCUAACCCAAGACCAUCUUUAUUAGGAAGAUAUUGUGACGGAAGUCCGGAAGAGACAAGAACUUGUAACAAACGCCAGUGUGAAGAUGGUGGAUGGUCAAGUUGGCAAAGAUGGGGUUCAUGUAGUGUCAGUUGUGGAGGUGGAAUUCAAAGUCGGCUAAGAGCAUGUUCUAACCCAAGACCAUCUUUAUUAGGAAGAUAUUGUAACGGAAGUCCGGACGAAACAAGAACUUGUAACAAACGCCAGUGUGCAGAGUUAAAAGUGGCAUUUACAGCAUACUACUUAGAUAAAAGCUCAUCAUCAGAAACUACCCUUGUGUUCAGAUCAGUAUACAUUAACUACGGCAAUGCGUACAGCACUUCUACCGGGAAAUUUACCUGUAAAGUUCCCGGAUUAUAUCAUUUCUCUGUUACGGUAACAAAGGAUUAUUAUGCUAAAUUGGGUUAUGUUGACGCUCAUUUAAGGAUCAAUGGUAGUAUGAAAUUAUUUUUGUGGUUGGACCCAUAUGAUAACGACGACACGUUUGAAUAUGGAUCGUCCCCGUUAACACAGUCUGGAACAUUUCACCUGAAUAAAAAUGAUGUUGUAGAUAUUUACGGUACUCCUAACAUUUUUUUAGGCCGUGACAGAACUUGUACAUUUACAGGAUACUUGAUAACACCCGAUUAGUUUUUAUAUUAUAUGCCAGAUAGUCCCUCUUAUUAAAUAUUUAAAUGUAAAGAUGGAUGUUUAAACACAUUUACGAAUAAUUAUCAAGUUUAUUACAGAAGAUUUUAAGUAAAAUUUAACUAAACCGUGCUGUCUAGACAAAUUCCUAUUAUCGUUGGUGACUUACAUUUUCUAAAAUGAUAAUGGUUUCAUAAUUCUAAAUGUCUUAUUUUAUUUUGACAUUCUUUCUGAGUCUAUCAUAAUAAUAUUUCAGAUCUACACAUAUUAAUAUAAAAAUAUAAAAGCUAUAGAUAAUUUUUGCAUGGCCUUUGAGCUUUGUGCAGUGUAAGAUGUUGGUAAAUUAUAUUCGCACGGAAUUUUCGUGCACUUAUUUCAAUCGGAUAGAAUUCAAAUUGCUUUUUACAGAAUGUAAGACGAUAUACAUAAAAACAUCUUCCAAUGAACAACUGUCAGUUUCCUGAAUGCUAAAAUCAACAGUAACUUUGUUCCUGGAAAUGGCCAUCCAAUUCAUUUGAUUCAAUUCUUGAUAAACUGAAUUUAUUCAUGAGAUGCGCUAUCAAGUUCUCUACAACUUUCCGUUGGUUUCUAUGGUGUCCUGUUUGAGGCAGGUAAAAUAUCGCCUGUUAGGAUGAAUUUUAAUAAUAAUAUUCGAAUAAUAGAGAGAGCUAUUGUAAUUCUGAAUUUUGACAGAAGUAUGGCCCUUUUUGAACAAACAAUUCUACAAUAUUCAGGCUCUUGUUUUAAAGGGACUCCACUGAGGUUUUUUGACAUGACGAGACUGGAAAUAUUUUUUUGAGAUUAUUACUCCAUUUGAUGUAGAUCUAUAAUAAAUUGUGCAAAAUCUCAGAUCAUUAACUCGCUCUAUUUUUUCCAGAAUAAUUAUUAUAAUAGUGAAAAAUGACCAAAAAUUAAAAGCGUUUAAACGCUUUUCAAUCAAAUCGGACUGAAAAUAGCAGAAACAUAAGACAUUCAAUGUAUUUUUUUGUAUAUUUCUUAUUUUAUUUUUCUGUUUAAAGUGCUCAUGUUUGUCUGUGUGAAAAAUUAAAAUGUUAUGUUUUUAAGCUUUGGACCUCAGUGGAGUUCCUUUAACAUCAAGCACUGAAAAUGCUUAGCGCACUGGCGCUUGUUAAUAGAUAAGUAGCGAGAUUUAACAUUCUCUUUCGAAGACCUUUCACUUUCGACACUAGUACUGUAAAUAACCCACUUUUCUCGAAAGAAACAUGCAAAAAUUAACUAAAGAUUAAUCAUCGCGAAGAUUUUUACCUUUUGAUUCGAACGAGGACUAAAGUUAAGCACAACCUUGAAUUGCGCGAAAAGUUUCUUGCGAGAAUGUUAAAUCUUGCUACUUUAUCUAUAUAAAUACAGAAACACGGGACAAAACUUUUAGAAAAUCUUGUAUGUAAAUAGGAGUCUUUUAACUGGCCCAAGAAGGACACCGUAUAUUUCAACUGUAACAAAUCCACGUGGAAAGAAACGGUUAUCUUGCAGACGUAAAGAAACACUAUUUGAAUAGCUCUGCAAGGGGGGGGCGGGUAUAGUAGUAUAAUUAUCAAUCACCUCUCUUGAUUUGAAUCCCGUCAGGGACUAUUAAUUAUUUAAAGUGAGUUGUUCGUUCUACUAAGAAUAGAGCUCGUGCAAAUGUAUAAUUAUUUUUACCUAUUUUAGCCAUAUAAUUUAUCAGAUGUAAGUUACAAGUAGUUUAUUGCGUGCACGGUUCGCUUGUCUUUUAUAAUUCUAAUAUAGAAUGUCUGUGUACUUGGUUAAUGGCAUUGUUAUAUGUACUGUGUGUACAGGUGGUACAAGGAUGAGACUUAGAUAAACAAAUAAAAAAGGGAUAAAAAAAUGUUUCGGUAUUCCUACACCUGUCAAAUAAUUGAGAAGCGCUGUGACUUAAACAAUACGAUCAAUAAAUCGACACACCCUUGGCAUUUGAUAUUCUCUAGUUACAUCAGCGUAUCUCUGUGUGUAAAACAAUCAAACAGAUGAAAGAAAAAGAUUAUUCUAUUCUGAUAAUGAUAUUUUUGACUUUAGAAUAGCAUUUUCUAUUUUAUAGAACACAUUGUAAACUUGUUAUCAGUAGAUUUCUGUUUCAGUUACAUGUUGCAUAUAAAUAAAAAGUGUAGUUCAUUAAAACUUUGUUUCAUUAAAACUUUUGCAACGAC